ACUCAAGGAGAGAUGCUGUAAGAUGUCAUUUUAUUGGGAUAGGAACCAAAAUCCCACACACGGCAUCACUUCUCUAUAUAAACCUAGUCCUCCAGUUGUAAUUUGAGAGAAAGAGUGAGAGAAAAGAGGGGUAAAGAAAGAAAAUUAAUGGCGGAGACUAAAGAGAUCGAUAACAAAGAAAAAGACAGCCGUAGAUGGUCUCUUGAUGGUAUGACUGCUCUUGUCACCGGUGGCACCAAAGGAAUUGGGUACGCUGUAGUGGAGGAAUUGUGUGGACUAGGGGCAAAAGUACAUACUUGUUCCAGGAACCAAGCUGAGCUGAGUGAAUGCUUGAGUCAGUGGCAUACAAAGGGAUUUCGAGUCACUGGUUCAGUUUGUGAUGUUUUGAGCUCAUCACAGCGGGAAGAGCUAAUUCAUAAGGUCUCCUCUAUGUUUGAUGGAAAACUCAACAUUCUUAUAAACAAUGUAGGAACGAGCUAUAGGAAACCAACAGUGGAGUACACACCUGAAGAUAUGUCAAUUCUAAUGAAUACUAAUUUCGAUUCUGCUUACAACAUUUCCCAACUUGCUCAUCCUCUUCUCAAAGCUUCAGGGGCUGGGAGCAUUGUGUUCGUUUCCUCUGUGGCCGGCCUUUUAGCAGUAAAUGUUGGAUCUUUAUAUAGUGCAGCUAAAGGAGCAAUUAACCAGUUGGCAAAAAACUUGGCAUGUGAAUGGGCAAAGGAUAGCAUAAGGAUCAACUCUGUGGCACCUUGGUUUAUCAGAACCCCCCUCGUUGAACCUUCUUUAGGCAAUAAAGAAUUUUCAGAAGCUCUGAACUCCAGAACCCCUCUAGGGAGAAUUGGAGAGCCAAAGGAGGUGUCAUCAAUGGUGGCAUUUCUGUGCUUGCCUGCAGCUUCUUAUAUAACUGGACAGACAAUUAGUGUUGAUGGAGGAAUGGCAGUAAAUGGCGCAUUAUAUUCUUGAAAAUAAGGCAAAAGGAAGUCUUUGUAUUUGAUAUAGAAGGUCAAAUAAAUGCAAUUCUUUUAUGGGUUUAUAUAUUUUUACACCUUGUGUUUUGUCUCAUUACCUGUUUGGACCCUGUAUUUUGAUAAAUUACUUUUUAGACCCUAUGUUUUCUAAAACAGUUCAAAUAGACUCCUAAAUCCGAUUUUGAUCAAAGUUUUUUGAACUAAAAUCACAAAUAGUUUAUUAAACUAACAUCUCAGAAUAAAAAUAUAGUGAUUCUGCCUAAGAAUUGUGUUGUUAUAUUUAAUUUUUUGUUCAUCAAAAUCAUAUUUAAGGGUCUAUUUGAACCAUUUUACAAAACACAUGGUCCAAAAAAUAAUUUAUCAAAACACAAGGCUCAAACAAGCAAUGAGGAAAAACACAGUUAAAAAGGUAUAAACCAUUCAUUUAUCUUGUCAGCAUGAUAUUGUUAUAUUUGAAAAAUAAUUUAUGCUCGAAUAAAACCAAUUUAUAAUAAAAAGUAAGUGUUAUAUAUAAA